AUGCCUCUUCCUUUGGUUUCAUUAACAUCACACAUUGAUCAGCAAAGCAACGAUGCAAACCAAGGUUUGGAAUUUCCAAUUUCUUUAAAGAAGAAGUUACAAGUCAUCGAUGAGAGAUUAAAUGCAAAUAAUAGGCUAGACAAGUGUCAAGCUAUGUAUGUUGAAGUUCAAGGAACGAAUGCUCGACGAAGUUUGAAGACGUUGGAUUUGAGCUACCUGGAGACUUCAACGGCUGAGUUUGAGGUUGUGCGCGGAAUGGAUAGUUGCAUAGACAAAUGGUUUUACAGAUGCGUUGGAGAAUAA